CUUUUAACCUAACAUUUUCGUAGUAUAGUUUGUAUUUGUAUACAAAAUGCAUCGAAAUUAGCAAUAAUUUCAAUAAAUUAGUGCAUUUUGGCUGCUUAUAAAUGGCGAACCGUACGGUAAAAGACGCCAAAUCGAUACACGGCACGAAUCCGCAGUAUUUGGUGGAGAAAAUCAUCCGGUCGCGCAUCUACGACUCCAAGUACUGGAAGGAGGAAUGUUUCGCUUUGACGGCGGAGCUCCUGGUGGACAAAGCGAUGGAAUUGCGGUUCGUGGGAGGCGUGUUCGGCGGCAACAUCAAGCCGACGCCGUUCCUCUGCUUGACGUUGAAGAUGUUGCAGAUCCAACCCGAGAAGGAUAUCGUGGUGGAAUUCAUCAAAAACGAGGAAUUCAAGUACGUGAGAGCGUUGGGGGCGUUUUACAUGAGGCUCACGGGGUCGUCUUUGGACUGCUACAAAUACCUCGAGCCGCUUUACAACGAUAACAGGAAAUUGAGAAGACAAAAUCGAUCAGCGCAGUUUGAACUCGUACACAUGGAUGAAUACAUCGAUGAAUUGUUGAGAGAAGAAAGGGUUUGCGAUGUGAUUUUACCUAGGAUUCAAAAGCGAGCGGUCUUGGAGGAAAAUAACGAAUUGGAGGCUAAAGUUUCAGCUUUGGAAGACGAUCUCGAUGAGGAUAUAGAAAUUGAAGAUGAGGAAGAAACUGUCAAAUACAACUUGGAAGAGUCCGUUGCAAAGGAACCAAAAGAAGUUAAAAGAAAGGAGAGGAAGAGAGAUAGGAGUCGAUCGAGGGAGCGGAACAGAAGCAGAGACAGAGAUCGGCACAAAAAGGAAAGAGAUCGCGAUCGCGAAAAGGAGAAAAGGGAUAAAGAUAGGGACAAAGACAAAGAAAAGGACAGGAGAGAUAGGGACAGACGAAGAGACGACGACAGAAAAAAGAGAUAAUUAAUUUAAGAUUUUUUUUUCUAUUGGAACAUGAACUAAACUUUUAAAAUGUG